CCAAAAACUGACCUGGGACACCCAAAAACUGCCCCGGGACCCCCAGAAAUUGUAUUGGGAUUCCAAAAACUGCUGUGAGACUCCAAAAAACUGCCCUGGGACCCCCCCAAACUGCUCCAGGACCCCCAAAAACUGCCCUGGGACCCCCAAACUGCCCCAGGACCCCCCAAAAUUGCCCUGGCUCCCCUAAAAACUGCUCUGGGACCCCCAAAUUUGACCCCUGUGUAUCAGAGCCUGGCUUAGGGCUGGGUUUGCGUGUCUGAGGUGAGCUUCAGGUGUGUCAGGAGUGUCCCCAAAUGUCCCCAAGCACGUCCUGGCAUGUCCUGACUUGUCCCCGUGGCACUCUGAGGCGUGUCCUGGCAUGUCCCCACCCCAGGCCAUGCCCUCAGGUGUGUCCCCAAAUGUCCUCACCCCGGGCCAUGCCCCCAGGUGUGUCCCCAAUGUCCCCAAGCGUGUCCCCAAAUGUCCCCACACUGGCCAUGCCCUCAGGUGUGUCCCCAAAUGUCCUCACCCCGGGCCGUGCCCCCAGGUGUGUCCCCAAAUGUCCCCAAAUGUCCUCACCCCAGGCCAUGCCCCCAGGUGUGUCCCCAAGCGUGUCCCCAAAUGUCCUCACCCCGGGCCAUGACCCCAGGUGUGUCCCCAAAUGUCCCCAAAUGUCCCCACACUGGCCAUGCCCCCAGGUGUGUCCCCAAAUGUCCCCAAGCGUGUCCCCAAAUGUCCCCACACCGGGCUGUGCCCCCAGGUGUGUCCCCAAAUGUCCCCAAGCGUGUCCCCAAAUGUCCCCACCCCAGGCCAUGCCCCCAGGUGUGUCUCCAAGCAUGUCCCCAAAUGUCCCCACACCGGGCCGUGCCCCCAGGUGUGUCCCUAAAUGUCCCCAAGCGUGUCCCCAAAUGUCCCCACCCCAGGCCAUGCCCUCAGGUGUGUCCCCAAAUGUCCCCAAGCGUGUCCCCAAAUGUCCCCACACUGGCCAUGCCCUCAGGUGUGUCCCCAAGCGUGUCCCCAAAUGUCCCCACCCCAGGCCAUGCCCCCAGGUGUGUCCCCAAAUGUCCCCAAGCGUGUCCCCAAAUGUCCCCACACUGGCCAUGCCCUCAGGUGUGUCCCCAAGCGUGUCCCCAAAUGUCCCCACCCCAGGCCAUGCCCCCAGGUGUGUCCCCAAAUGUGUCCCCAAAUGUCCCCACCCCAGGCCAUGCCCCCAGGUGUGUCCCCAAAUGUCCCCACCCCAGGCCAUGCCCUCAGGUGUGUCCCCAAAUGUCCCCACCCCAGGCCAUGCCCCCAGGUACCUCAGCCCACGCUGUCCCCUCGUGUCCCUUCUCGGGCCACACUCUGAGGCGCAUCGGGGGUGUCACCCCGUGUGUCCCCAACACAUCUCUGGUGUGUCACUGAUGUGUCCCUGUGUGUCCCCCUGUGUCCCCCAUGUGUCCCUGUGUGUCCCCAUGUGUCCCCAACAUGUCCCCAAUGUGUCCCUCACAUGUCCCCGUGUCUCCCCCCGUGACCCACAUGUCCCUGUGUCCCCAUGUCCCUUGUGUCCCCCCGUGUCCCCCAUGUCCCCCCGUCCCUGUGUCCCUUGUG